UUUGGGGAUACAGCACAGCAGCGGCAGCAGCAGCAGCAGCAGCAGGAGCAGGGCGAGUGUCUGAGUGCUUUGGCGGCGGUCCCGCUGCUAGCGAAACAUGAACAAAAACCACCGAGUGCCGAGCAACCGUUCUCUGAGUACCGUGGAGGUGAAGAGCAAGUUUGGUGCAGAGUUUCGUCGGUUCUCGCUGGAUCGGUCGAAGCCGGGCCGCUUUGAUGAGUUCUACGGCCUCCUGCAGCACGUGCAUCGCAUCCCCAAUGUGGAGUUGUUGGUGGGAUAUGCUGACGUACAUGGCGACCUGCUGCCCAUCAACAAUGAUGAUAACUACCACAAAGCCAUCUCCACUGCCAGCCCUCUACUCAGACUGUUCCUGCAGAGGAAAGAGGAAGCUGAUUACACGUUUGGUACCAACUCGCUGACCAGGAAGAAAAACACGGUGCUUGCGGCCGUUCUUCUGCGGCCUGACCCCAACAGGAAGAAACCACCGGUGAUCAUUAGCCUUCCGAGGGACUUCCGCCCCGUCUCGUCCAUCAUCGACGUGGACAUCCUCCCUGAGACGCACCGACGCGUUCGUCUGUACAAGCACGGCCAGGAAAAGCCGUUGGGCUUCUACAUCCGCGACGGCUCCAGCGUACGGGUCACUCCGCAGGGCCUAGAGAAGGUUCCGGGGAUAUUCAUCUCUCGCAUGGUGCCUGGCGGGCUGGCGGAGAGCACCGGCCUGCUGGCAGUCAACGAUGAGGUGCUGGAGGUGAACGGUAUCGAGGUGGCUGGGAAGUCUUUGGACCAGGUGACGGACAUGAUGAUCGCCAACAGUCACAACCUCAUCAUCACCGUGAAGCCUGCCAACCAGCGGAACAAUGUUGUUCGCAGCGGAGGAGGAGGGGGAGGAGGAGGCGGCGCGGCGUCUGGGAGCUCAGGACGCUCGUCGGACAGCGGUGCCAGCUACUAUGGCUACUCGUCGCACGGUGGGGUUGGUGCCCCGGCCUCCAUGCCAUCGCACAUCAUCCAGAACUUCCCUGUCGGGGAGCUGGAGAGCGACGAGGACGACGAGGACCUGGUGAUCGAGGCAGGCGGCGAGGCUGAGCCCAUCAGACGCACCUCGUCCAACUAUAGCAUGCCCUCGCUGCUUCGCUACGAGCCGCACCUCAACCUCCGCACUGCCGCCGCCUCCACCUCCACCCUCUCUAGCAACGCCAAUGGAACCCUGCCGGCCAGCGGCAGCAGUGGAUCGCUAAGCAACGCCAUUCCGACCACGCCAUCCCUAGACAGAGCAAUUGAAAGGCGAAGUCUGGAGGAGGACGGCACCGUUAUAACUCUGUAGGCUUUUGGAUUCACAAACUUAACCACUGGAAACCCGAUCGUCAAAUACUUCUACUCACACUUGUGGGGAGCCGUGGAUCAGCUAAUCAAACGUGGGGAACAUCCUGUACCAUCAUACAGCGACUACGCCUGAGAAGCACAAUGAAAAGUGUACAUAUUACAUCUCAACACGACACUGACAACGUAAAUGUUUGUGCAUCCUAACAUCUACACAUCAAACACUGCACUUCAUACGUCUCUCCUGUACAUGCCACUGACCACGCAUGUGUGCCAUAGCAGUGAACCACCCCCAACCCCCCCAGUUCUGCAGGCACAAAAAUGUCCGACAAAGAAGUGUAAUUUGAAGGUCCCUUACCCUUCACUCGAUUUGUAAAACACUACAAGCACUUGUUUUUAACCUGGAAACUGUUGUUACACUGAGCUUCCACAAGAGGCCAGACAGGAGACACCCCAUCAUCAGUCCCAAAAGUAGAUGAAGGUAGAAGUCCCCCCCCCUCAAUAACAAACACACACUGAAGCAGGAUUUUAGCUCAAGCAUUUGUUGACAAUCUGUGGUUGUUUUUUUGCCUUGUCACCCCACCCCUGCACCCCACUAUGACCACCUCCCUUCCCCCAGGUGGCCACAGCAUGCAAUUGAUAAACCGUUGUGGCACUUUCCACACAACGUAGUACCACAACAAUCGACCAAGUGCUGAGAUCUGCAAUAAUACUGUAGUUUUUAUUCGAGGACAAAACACCUAAACAACAAGUCUGGGUACUUUGUAUUGGCUCGGAUGCUUUUAACCACUGUUGUUAGCUGUUUUUUUUACCUGCUGAAUUAAUGACUGACUGAUAAUGAAUGGUUGAUGAUUUUUAUCAUUCUUGGGAGCAUCUAGUCUCUUUUUAAAAUCCUUUUACCAUUGGGCCUGUGUUUUACAUAUUUUGUUUUUAAUUCUAUUAUUACUUUUUUUAUUUUACAAUACUUGUACAUCACAAGUGACUGUAUGACCAGUUUCCAUCUGUUGUGAGUCACUCCAGAAAAUUGCUCCUAACUGGGAAUGGGACAUCUUGGAUUGAAUUAAUUUCCCUCUCAUAUUUCUUUCAUAUUGCACUCUCUCUCCUUUACACGACAAGGGCUAUUUCCCCUGCUGCAUGGCUAAAAAUGACCAAUGUAAAUGUGAUUUCAUAUUUUUGUUUGUCUGUUUUCUCCCUCUCCAUUCGUUCUGGAUCAUGUCUCAAUAUAUCUCAUCUCAGUGCUGCACAACAUAUUGCUCUUUGUUUUUUUCCCUGAGUUCACUUGAAUGUGUCCCUGAGAUAUUCACAUAUGAGAAGUGUUCUUUCCAGUAUUUCUGCACCACUUCCUUUUUGUAUCUUCAUUCUCACUGGAUUCAAUUAAUGACGCACUAGGAGAGAAUGUAACGCAUCAGAUGUAUUUAUAAUGCUACUAAAUAUUGACUUUGGGCCUAAACGGCUGAUCAGUAGCUGGACUGUAACACUGAGCAAAUACAACCACAUCAUUGAGAUGAAAUGAGUGAUGCUUACAGUGACAAGAGUGAAACCGCCUGUUAUCUCAAAAUAAGCCCAGGUCAGAUUGAGUCAUAUUUAAACAAACACAGAACUGCUUCACGUACUGUAUUUAAUAAAGGUGAGGCAGUCUGUCUUUUGUACAGUAUGUCCUUGCUCUGAUCACUAUUUGCCUUUUCCAUCGAAGUUGUUGCUUUCCUUGAAAAGUCCCCAACAAAGCUGUAAUGAACUGCCUCUCAGCAAAAACUUGACUGACAGAUUAGGCUUGAAUUUAAAAAAAUUUAAAAUAAAUUGUGUGUUUCUUAUUUUAAAGGGGGGAACUCCUAAGCUUUUUGAGGGAAAUUAGUGAUUUUGGGCUGUAUGAAUAGAAUUGAAUUGACUUGAUUUAGGAUUUUUUUGGUAGUGGAGUUAAUCUGAAUUCGCCAACACAUUUCCAUAGUGCAGCUUUAAAUUGUAUUGGAUUUUUGCACUUAGACUUAACUCCCUCAGAAAUGCAAACCCCUGCCAUGAAACGUUCUCCACAGAAAGAAGGAAUUCUGGCACGGUUUUUCUUCCUGUUCUUGAAGCGAAUCCAUAACAUUUAUUGGAAUAUCUAUCCAUAUACACACACACACACACUAACCUUAGAUGCUGCUGCUAACUGCCUCCCUGCAUUGAGAGCAGAUGUCUAUUAUUUCUCUUAUUGAUUUGAAGCAUUUGCUCUCUUGUUCAAAGUGAUUUUUUUUCUCACUCAAACAUUAAACACUAAAACAUGGUGGACUCACACACACACAGAUACAGACCCUCUCGAUAAUGAUUAUUGGCGUCAUCAUCAUCUGAACCUAUGUGCGCUUAUAAUGGAACAGAACACUACAUUCAUACAGAUUGCUAUUACACUAAUGUUCAUCAUUUAUAGUUCUGUUUAUUGCUUGAAUAUCUGAUCACAGACAGAGACAGUGAAUAUCUCUGACUGGAUAUUCACUGUUGUGUAUGAGCAUCCACUAUUGUGUUUCAAGCUAUAUGUGUAAGGUACUGUCUGCUGAUGGGAUUCGGUCUUCUUUCAUUCAACAGUAAUGAAUGGUACUCUGAACUUUUAGAAAUCAAUGUUAAUUUAUUUUCUUAAUUUCUAACUUUACCACAGGACACUGGGAUUGUAACCACAGUUAUUUAUUCUCUAAUCAUGCAUCUGCAUUUUUUCUUUCUUUGUACAAAUUGUAUGUCUUUAUUUUUUAUAAGUGAAUUGUUUUGUUUAUUUGUGAUUGUUGUUUUGGUCAUAAAUCUCAUGUUAUUGCCCAAUAGGAGAUGAUUUCACUAGGUGAUUUUUACUGUUCUGGCUAAAGCAACAGGAGAAUCUGUGCAAGAUGUGACACUAUUAUUUUGUCCAUACUGUGAAUUAUCAAUAAUAUUUUGUGGAAGAGAAACAGUUGUAUUAGCACAACCUCAAAACAGGCUACUUGUUUUGCUUUGAGUCAGAUAUUUUUUUUUUUAAAGCGAUUGAGCAAUGAUUUUUGCUUGCCAGAUAAAUCCUACGGUAUAGAUUUGUAAUGAAGAUUGUCAGUAUUUUCAUAUCAAUGCUAUAUAUGAUGUACAUUUGUAUUCCACUUAAUGAAAAUGUUUUAAGAUUCAACUGUAUGCGUAUGAAUAAAUAGAUGUACACCUGUAAUUGCUGAUUGGAGGAGCUGGAUAAAAUAAACUAAUAUGUAGCAAUCUUCA